UGAACGUAUUUCGUCUGCUAACUUUACAAAAUAAUACCUUGGAUGGUGUCACAAAAUUGUAUUUAUUAGUCUACUAUAUUUAAAAAAAAAAAAAAUGCUGUUGUCUCGUGGUACGAAAUUAUUACAGUGCUUUGCACAAUCAACAUUGAAACGAAAUGGAAUUAUUAAUAAACAACAAGUGAGAAAAGAAAGUGAUUGGCAUGGACCAUGGGUGUAUAGAGAACCUGGAAAACCCGCAAAAACUGCUUACAUCACAGCUGAAGUUUGUGGAGCAUUUGCUAUUUGGUGGAUUCUUUGGCACUGUUAUCACGAUUAUCAUCAUUUAAUAGGAUUCGAUCUUCCUGAACAUGAAGAUUUUACCGAUACAGAACUUGGAAUUCCACCAGAUGAUGCAGAUUGUUAAUUAUUUUUUUUAAAAAAAAGUUUUUUGUAGGUAUAAAAAAAUACAGUUAAAAAAAUGUCAUAUUCAAGGAAAUUUUCUUAAUUCAAUUGUAUUCCAGUGAAGUAAAUCUAAAUUCUUAAAUUUCAAAAUUUAUUGUGAACUUUACUCUUUUCAAUAAAGUCAUUUAACAUUGAUAAUGAA